GACCCAAAAUGGCUGCACUGGAAGAAGGGUUUCAAUAUGGUCUCUCUUCAAAUUCAAUUUCUACUUCAAAUAGAAGUGUAGUUCAAGUUAAAUUGACAGAUACCUCAUUGCGAAUAAUAGAGGAAUAUUUACGGAGAAAGCCCUCAUGUACACAGAAACCAUGUAUACAGUUCCAAGGAAACCAAGGGAGUAUCCAAAUACCAGAGGGCGGGGACAGCUUAAGAACGUUUCAUUUCUCCCUCUCAGCAAUACAGGGCGACCCUAACGGAAGUUUUGAUGCAGUCUGCCAGACCAGUUCAAG